AUGGAGUUGGAAUGGGUUCGAGGGGAAGAACUGGGCCGCGGCAAUUUCGCGACGAUCAAUUUAGCAAUACCCACAAAGGGGUUCGAUCAGUUUCCCCCAUUAAUGGCGGUCAAGUCCUCUGUAGCUGCAUCCUCUGUUUCCGUUUCGCUGAAGAACGAGAAGCAAAUUUUGGACCGAAUUGGGAAUUGCCCACAAAUCGUUUCUUGUUUUGGCGAUGGAUUCACCAUUGAAAGAGAUGGGGAGAAGUAUUAUAAUGUGUUGUUGGAGUACGCCAAUGGCGGAAGUCUUGCUGAUUCUGUCAAAAUCCACGGCGGCGGGCUGCCGGAAUUCGAUGUUAGAAGAUACACGGCGGCGAUUCUUCGGGGGCUCCGGCAUGUUCACGGCAAUGGGUUUGUUCACUGCGAUUUGAAGCUUGCGAAUGUGUUGAAUUUUGGCAAUGGCGAUGUGAAGAUUGCUGAUUUUGGGCUUGCCAAAGUGGCCGGAAAGAAGACGGCAGCGGAAACAGAGCAGAGGUUUGAAUGGAGAGGGACUCCGAUGUCUAUGUCGCCGGAGACUGUGACCGGCGGCGAGUAUGAACCGCCGUGUGAUAUUUGGGCGCUGGGUUGCGCGGUCGUGGAGAUGGUGGCCGGGAAACCGGCGUGGAAUGUUCGGCCGGAAACCGACAUUUUCGGGCUGAUGAUGAGAAUAGGAGUUGGAGACGAAGUUCCGGAACUGCCGGAAAAUUUGUCCGACGAGGGGAGAGAUUUUCUCCGGCGGUGUUUCGUAAAGGAUCCGAGGAAGAGAUGGACGGCGGAGAUGCUUCUGAAUCACCCAUUUGUCGCCGGCAUUACUGUUACAUUAAAGGAGGCCGAACCACCGAUGGAGUCGCCGACCGGUCCUUUCGAUUUCCCGGAAUCGUUGCCGACGUGUUCCGAUCAACCUUCCGAUGAUUCCUAUUUUUGUUCUUCUACUGUCUCGCCGGAGACGAUGAGUAGGCUGCGGCGGCUGGUGACCGAGAAGCCUUUGGAUUGGUCUGUUUCGGAUAGUUGGGUCACAGUUAGGUGA